AUGACGGUGGCAUCCAAGCCAGUUCGGAUUGCCGGCUGCGCCGGAGGAAACACCGAUCGCUGGGACAGCAUCCUGUCUUUUGCACAGGACCCCAGCAUCGAUGUGAUCAUGGGAGACUGGUUAUCCGAGUCUAACAUGGCUUCCACCGCGGCCGUCAAGGCUCAGGCUCUAGAAGCCGGCGACAAAGGCAAGGAUCAGCCAGGGCCACCAGCAUACGCCAAAGAGUUCCUCCAAUGCUUUGAGCCCGCCAUCCCGCAUCUCUCCCGCAACAAAAUCAAGCUGGUAGUGAAUGCCGGCGCCGCGGACACACCCCGUCUAGCGCGGGACUGUCAGGCGAUUUUAAAGCAAGCGGGUAGCCCGUUGCGCAUUGCUUGGGUUGAAGGAGACGAUGUGACCACCGUGCUGAAGGAUCAGAUAGCAACUGGAAAAGACCAACUGGGUCCCAUCAGCAUUGCCAGUCAGCAAGCGGCCAGCAUCGAUCCCGAGUGUGUUUUCGCCCAGUGUUACCUCGGGGGCUGGGGGAUUGCUGCUGCCCUGUCACAGGGCGCGGACGUCGUUCUCUGCGGUCGGAUUUCUGACGCUUCGCCGGUAGUUGGAGCCGCAGCAUGGUGGCAUGGAUGGACGCCGACCGAUUAUAAUCAACUCGCUCGCGCCCUGAUCGCCGGCCAUUUGAUUGAAUGCUCGGGGUAUGCGACCGGUGGAAACUACGCCGGGUUCAAGGAUCUAUUGAGCCAGCGCAAGCACAUCAACAUCGGGUUUCCCAUCGCCGAGGUAGAAGCCGACGGCGAAUUCACGAUAUCCAAAGAGAGAGACACCGGAGGGUGUGUCACAAUUCCGUCCUUGACCUCCCAGCUCAUUUACGAAAUUCAGGGGCCAUUUUAUCUAAACUCCGACGUAGUGGCCGACAUCUCCGGCGUGUCGAUGGAGAAUGUCGCGCCGGAUGUGGUUCGAGUCAAGGGGGUCCGGGGACUACCACCGCCGCCAACUACCAAGGUCGGUAUCACUACGAGGGGAGGAUAUCAAGCUGAGUUCCACGCCUUCAUGACCGGGCUCGAUAUCGACGAAAAGUGCCGGUGGACCGAGGAGCAAAUUCGGCACGCCAUGGGAGAUGACGUCCAUCGGUUUACCGAGCUGCGGUUCCAUCGGGUCGGCUCCCCCGUGCUGGAUACGCCCCGACAGGACGACGCCACGAUAUUGUUCCGCAUUUUUGCGCAGACUCGGGAUCCCGAGAUUCUGCGGCCAGAUGCACUUACACCCACCAACGAUCCGCGACAAGCGAGCCCUAAGUUAUACUACAACUACCUCACCGGGCUGAUCCCGCAGAAGGCGCUCCGCCACCAGGUCCACUGCUUGUUCGGCGACCAACGCGUCGUCCCGGUCGAUCCCCCCGAGAACACGCAAGUCUACGGGGCACAGCCAUCCUACGACACCCAGGAGCCCGCCGAUCUGGCAAUCUUCGGAGAAGCGGACCAAGCGCCACUCGGGCGCCUUGCUUGUGGACGAUCAGGAGACAAAGGGGCCGACUGCAAUGUCGGAUUCUUCGUACAGCACGAUGACGAAUGGGAAUGGCUGCGGACAUUCCUCACCUGCGAACGGAUCAAAGAACUGCUGGGUCCGGAGGAAUACACUGGCAACGCGAUUGAGCGGUUUGAGAUUCCUGGGACAAGGACGGUUCAUUUCUUGCUCCAUUCGCACCUCGACCGCGGUUUCAACUCCUCGUCCAGUGUGGAUGUCCUUGGUAAGAACACAGGCGAGUUUCUUCGCUCCAGGACUGUGGCUGUUCCGCGUGUCUUCUUACUUCGACACGGUAAAUAA